AUGGGAGCGGCGGGAAAGAACGGCGUGCGGAACUCUGGUGUCAGCGAGUGUCAGGCGAUUGUGGAUGUCUUCCUCAGUCACGGGCAUCAGGAACUGGAUACGGCGAGGAUGUAUGGCGAAGGGACAACGGAGGAGCUGCUGUCGCAGCUGGACCUCGAACAUACAAUGCUCGACACUAAAGUCUAUCCCGUCACCCCCGGCGCUCACAAACCCGAGGCCCUUCGCGAGACCUUUUCUACGUCACUCAAGGCUCUCAGGCGCGAAAAGGUGCGCGUGCUAUAUCUCCACGCGCCGGAUCGCAGUGUACCUUUCGAGGAUACCUGUCGGGAGAUGAAUAAGCUCCAUCAAGAGGGUAAAUUCGAGAUUUUUGGUCUGAGCAACUUCGCGGCUUGGGAGGUGGCUGAGGUCGUUGGUAUUUGCAGAGCGAACGGAUGGGUUCAGCCUAAGAUUUAUCAAGUAAUGUACAAUGCCAUCACCCGUGAGAUGGAAACCGAGCUCCUUCCGGCAUGCCGCAAGUACGGCAUCCGUCUCGUCAUCUAUAACCCCCUGGCUGGCGGCCUCCUCGCCGGCAAACUCGCAUCCGUCGAAGAUGCGCCCGAUGCCGGAUCUCGCUUCGACGGCUCUUCUCGUCAAGGCAAGAUGUAUCGCGCGCGCUACCUCCAAGAAGGAUACUUCAAGGCACUCGAACUCUUGAAGAAGACUUCAGAGUCCAGCGGUAUACGGCUGACAGCAAUGGCGCUACGUUGGUGCCAGCAUCACUCGGCCUUGCAGCCAUCCGACGGUAUUAUCCUCGGGGCCAGCAGUGCCGCUCAGCUAGAGCAAAACCUAGAGGACUCGGCGGAGGGACUGCUCCCGCAAGAAGUUGUGGACGCGCUCGAUGAGGCUUGUAGAAUUGUGAAGGCUCACGGAAGCGCUCCUUCGUACUGGCGUUGA